CGGUAUGGCGAGGCUCUGGGGAGCCAACGUAGCGGCGGCGGGAAUGCUUUUACUUUUGCAGUGUUUGGCUGGCCGGUUGCAGCUCAUGGGAGCCCUGAAGCCGAAGCACAGUCACGGUGCAUUUUAUGAAAUGGUCCAGAGCUUCCCUCGAGUGGAGGAGAACGUGCGAGUGGAUUCCUACAGAUACAGCCACAGAUGGAAACGGCACUCAGAGUCUCUCAAGUCAGUUGACACCAACAGAGCCAGUGUGGGGCAGGACUCCUCAGAACCUGGAGGCUUCACGGACCUGCUGCUUGACGAUACGCAUGACAACACUACACAGAUUGAGGAGGAUAUGGAUCACAAUUACUACACUUCUAGGACAUAUGGCCCAUUUGAUUCUACAAGCAGAGAUCUAUGGGUGAACAUAGACAAAAUGGAGAAAGAUAAAGUGAAGAUUCAUGGGAUCCUCUCCAACACUCACCGGCAAGCAGCGAGAGUGAAUCUAUCCUUCGAUUUUCCAUUUUAUGGCCAUUUCCUACGUGAAAUUACUGUGGCAACUGGGGGCUUUAUAUAUACAGGAGAAGUUGUGCAUCGAAUGCUAACGGCUACCCAGUAUAUCGCACCCCUGAUGGCCAACUUUGACCCGAGUGUGUCAAGAAAUUCAACUGUCAGAUACUUUGACAAUGGUACUGCACUGGUCGUGCAGUGGGAUCAUGUACAUCUACAAGAUAAUUACAAUCUGGGAAGUUUCACAUUUCAGGCGACUCUUCUCAACGACGGCCGUAUCAUUUUUGGCUAUAAAGAGAUUCCUGUGUCAGUGACACAGAUAAGUUCAACCAACCACCCUGUGAAAGUGGGUCUGUCAGAUGCGUUUGUGGUCAUCCACAGGAUCCAGCAAAUUCCCAAUGUUCGUAGAAGAACAAUAUAUGAAUAUCACAGAGUGGAGCUUCAGAUGUCAAAGGUCACCAACCUGUCAGCUGUGGAGAUGAUUCCACUACCCACCUGCCUCCAGUUUAACAGCUGUGGGCCUUGUGUCAUGGCUACGAUUGGCUUCAACUGCAGCUGGUGCAAUAAACUCCAAAGAUGUUCCAGCGGAUUUGAUCGUCACCGACAAGACUGGGUUGACAGUGGCUGCCCUGAAGAGUCUAAAGAUAAGAUUUGUGAGAAGAAUGUAGACACAACUCAGAUGCCUCCUCACACCACCAUUGCUAUACAGCAAACUACAAUGCGAUUCAGAGUUUUAACAACUACCAAAGGAUCCACAACAUCCCAUCUGCCAACUAGCCUACCCACAGAAGAUGAUACCAAGAUAGCUCUACACCUAAAAGAUAAUGGAGCCUCAACGGAUGAUAGUGCAGCAGAGAAAAAAGGUGGAACUCUUCACACUGGCUUAAUUGUUGGCAUUUUCAUACUGGUCCUGAUUGUAGCAGCAGCAAUACUUGUGACAGUUUACAUGUACCACCAUCCGACAUCCUCAGCCAGUCUCUUCUUUAUUGAGCGUCGUCCGAGCAGGUGGCCUGCCAUGAAAUUUCGGAGAGGUUCUGGACACCCUGCGUAUGCUGAAGUGGAACCCGUUGGCGAGAAAGAAGGCUUCAUUGUAUCAGAGCAGUGCUAGGAUUAUUUUUAAGGCAGAUCACCAGUACUGGCCUACAGGUGUAAGACAUUUACUCUGCCUCUUGUUAAAAAAAAGGAAAUCUAAACUGCUGAGACCGGAGAGAGACAAAACGGAUUUCUGGAUAAACUUUUCCAAGGAAGAAAAAGUAUAUAUUGAUACCCGGUUACCCUUUCCACAGGGAUUUUUUUCCCCAGAGCAAAUUGGCAUACAAUAUUUUAAUCACUUCCUUCAGUCACCUCCAAAACACCUACAGUAUGAGAAUAAUGGACACAAUUGCCAUGUUCUUGGCUUAGGUUUAGGAGAUGUAGAGCAAUCCAGGAAAUGUAUAAAAAAGCUUUGGUUCCGAACAGUGCUUCCCUAUUUGAUCCAGCACAGUGGUGUGUUGUUUUUUAAACUGUUACCAAUGGGUACCCUUUCAUGCCUGGAGACGAUGGUCAUCAUCGACAAGGCUGCUGG